UUCAUUAAAAAGUUUCUUUUUUUAUUAUUAUUUUUUUCUCUCUCUCUUUCUUCUUCUUCUUCUUCUUCCCCAAUUUCUCUCUGGCGAUUCCAACUCUCACCCACCCAGGAAAUUGAGAAUUUGUGAAUACAAGAAAGAAUCAAAUUAGAUAAAGUUUGUUUCUUUCAAGUUUCAGCUUUCAAGCAGUUUGUUUUUCACUAGAGUUUACACAGAUAGACAGAUGGGAAUAUAGUAGAAGUUUGAAAGGUGUAAGGUAGCUAUUUUUGGUCAAAUUUUAGAAAAAUGGAAGUUCGGAUGUGUUGUUGUUGGCAAGAUCUGAAUUUCGGGUUCGCUGCGUUUUAGCUAGUCCAUGCUUUGGAUGAUUGGGUUUGUUUUUUAUUAGAUAUGAAAAAUCAGCUUUUAGAAUUUACUUCCCGUGUUCUUGGAUUGUUUUCGAUUGGAAAAUCGAGUGGGAAAUCGAUGAAAAUAUGACUAGGUGUGUGAUAUUAGAAGGGUGGGAUUGUGACUUUUUGUAUUACUUAGACAAAGGUUGUGAUGGAAGAAAUGUCGGUUGCUGUGCCGUUAAGAGCAAGUAAUUCAGUUUGUGAUAAUUCAACCAUAGCUAACCAUAUGGAUGUUUCAAGACUUAAGUUGAUGGCAAAUGCAGAGUUGAUAUCGAAUGCUAUAACUACGAUAUCUGCUGACAGUUUUAUAGGUUCUGAGGAGGAUCGUAUUGGUGACAAUAUGGACAAUGAGGUUGGUGUUUCGGCAGUCGCAACACCUUUGCAUGGGAGAGAAAGGGAAAUUCUUGUGUUGAAUAUGAUAUCUCAAGGUAGCGAUGAACUUCUAGUUCCAGAAGUUGAUGAGGAUGAUUCGAUGUCAUUAGAAGGAGAUCCGAUUAUUUACAGCACUCUAUCAAUAGCCAGUGAGAAUAGUAGUGUUUGUGGAGAUGAGUUCUUCAGCUCGGAAGAUAACUCAGAUUUUAGGACAAGGAGUUCGAUGGACUCGAUGGACAUAGAUAAGAACAUCUCUUCUGUCGAAGUUGUUACUAGGGCUGCUGUUUUUGACAAUUCAAAUGCGGAGGAAGAUAUUAUUAGUGAACCCCUUGCUGUAGCAUCGAGCCUUGGAGACGAAACAGGAGUUAGAUCCGUCCCAGUGCCUACUACAGCUGUUCUUCAUCAACUACCUCUUGAAAAAGGGGUGAGUGGAACAGUCGGUCGGAGUGUUUUUGAAUUGGACUGUACCCCACUUUGGGGAUUUACAUCAGUGUGUGGAAAAAGACCUGAGAUGGAAGAUGCCGUUGCGGUUGUACCUCGGAUGUUGAAAAUUCCUAUUCAAAUGCUAAAUGGUAACAAGAGAUAUGAUGGAAUUAACAAGGAUUUUAAUCAGCAGACAGUUCAUUUCUUUGGAGUAUAUGAUGGCCACGGUGGCUUGCAGGUGGCAAAUUAUUGUCGUGAUCGUAUGCAUUUGGCUUUAGCUGAGGAAGUAGAAUUGUUCAAGGAAAGUCUAAUAAUUGGAAGUCCCAAGGAUGAUUGUCAAGACUUAUGGAAAAAAGCUUUCACUAAUUGUUUUUUGAAGGUUGAUAAUGAAGUUGGGGGGAAAGUUAAUUGUGAACCUGUUGCACCAGAAACUGUUGGUUCCACUGCUGUUGUAGCCAUUGUUUGUUCAUCCCAUAUUAUAGUUUCUAACUGUGGUGAUUCCAGAGCGGUUUUGUGCCGUGGAAAAGAACCCAUGGCUUUAUCUGUGGAUCAUAAACCAAAUCGAGAUGAUGAAUAUGCAAGAAUCGAGGCAGCUGGUGGCAAGGUGAUACAAUGGAAUGGUCAUCGUGUAUUUGGAGUUCUUGCAAUGUCAAGGUCUAUCGGUGAUAGAUAUUUGAAGCCAUGGAUUAUUCCUGAACCAGAAGUUACAUUCCUCCCUCGUGCAAAAGACGAUGAAUGUCUCAUUCUGGCCAGUGAUGGCUUGUGGGAUGUCAUGACGAAUGAAGAGGCAUGCGACUUAGCUCGAAGACGCAUACUUCUCUGGCAUAAGAAAAAUGGCUCAGAGCUGUCCUCAGUAAGGGGAGAGGGAAUCGAUCCUGCUGCACAGGCGGCUGCAGAAUACCUAUCAAACCGUGCUUCGCAAAAAGGAAGCAAAGAUAACAUCACUGUCAUCGUGGUAGAUUUGAAAGCUCAACGGAAAUUUAAGAGUAAAACAUGAUUGUUUAAUGAACUGCUCUUAGGUGUUUGAAUACAUAAAAAGCUGAAUUCAAUCCAAUAUAGUUUGGCUCAGUAAUUUUUCAUCUGGGCUCAUAGAUUGAGCACUCUGCACUAAAUGAUAGAUUCCCCUUUCUUUAGAACUCUCAAUUGAUUAAGAGUUUCAUUGUACACUGCUGCAUUGGGGCUAUGUAAAUCUUUGCUGCUUAUUGUAGAUAUAGGAUUAUGUGUCUUUCACAUGUGUCGGCGACUCAGUGUCAGCAUAUUGUAUUCGUUUUUAAGCCUCUUAGAGAACAAAGGCUCUGUGAGGUAUUUGCUUCAUAUAGUUUUUAUCUGUGCUGUUUAUAAAAAAGGUGGUAGCUAUUUGGCGUUGUUUUCAACUGUGAUUUUCAGUCACAAACUUAA